UUCAUUUUGUAACGGUACUGUGUCUAUACGGGAGUGUCCAUGAAAAGUCGGGCAAACAGGCUAGCGAGAAUGAUAAGCAAUUGACAAGUGGACGAUUUGUCGUGUAGUGGAUAAUGUAGGUCGAUUAGUAAUUUGUUUUGGAUAUUAAAUGUGGAAUUGUGGACUGAACAAUCGGCAGUCUGGUGUCGCUCGUGUGUAAAAAUUUAUGCUGAACUCAGUAUUGUUACCGUUGGUUAAGUGGCUUCCCUCUGUGUGUCGCGAUGGCUGAGGCUGCAGGUGCCGCGAGCAGUAAUCCCAACGCGGAGAUCAUUCGGGGCCAGGUGUUCGAAGUGGGGCCCAGAUAUACGAAUCUGCAAUAUAUCGGCGAAGGCGCCUAUGGCAUGGUUGUAUCCGCGCACGACAAUAUAAAGAAAACGAAAGUUGCCAUCAAGAAAAUAUCACCGUUCGAACAUCAGACCUAUUGUCAGAGGACGCUAAGGGAAAUUAAAAUCUUAACCCGGUUUAAGCAUGAAAAUAUAAUCGACAUCCGAGACAUUUUAAGGGCCGAAACCAUAGACUCAAUGAAGGAUGUUUACAUCGUACAAUGUUUAAUGGAAACAGACCUUUACAAAUUGUUAAAAACACAGAAACUAAGCAACGAUCACAUCUGUUACUUCUUGUAUCAAAUCCUUCGCGGGCUGAAGUACAUACACUCUGCAAAUGUUCUGCACAGAGACUUGAAGCCUUCCAACUUGCUACUUAACACAACGUGUGAUUUGAAGAUUUGCGACUUCGGUCUGGCACGUGUAGCUGAUCCAGAUCAUGACCACACUGGUUUCCUCACCGAAUACGUGGCGACUCGGUGGUACAGGGCGCCGGAGAUUAUGCUUAAUUCCAAGGGCUACACCAAAUCGAUAGACAUCUGGUCCGUAGGGUGUAUUCUCGCGGAGAUGCUGAGCAACCGGCCCAUUUUCCCGGGCAAGCAUUACCUGGACCAACUGAACCACAUCCUUGGUGUGCUCGGCUCGCCUAGCCAGGAGGAUCUUGACUGUAUUAUCAACGAGAAGGCUCGAGGCUACUUGGAGUCGUUGCCGUACAAGCCUCGAGUGCCAUGGGCGGACCUCUUCCCAGGCGCAGAUCCUCGCGCACUCGACCUACUUCACCGCAUGCUAACCUUCAACCCACACAAGCGCAUCACCGUCGAGGAGGCGCUUGCGCACCCCUACCUCGAACAGUACUACGACCCCAACGAUGAGCCCGUGGCGGAGGAACCGUUCCGAUUCGCGAUGGAACUCGACGACCUUCCCAAAGAGACACUCAAGAAGUAUAUCUUUGAGGAAACCUUACUGUUCAAGAAACUCAACGAAGACGCGUAGACGUGGGGUCGCCGGUCGUCGCCUCGGCCGAGGGAGGUUCCUCGCAUGCGAGCUCUGUGCUCCGACCGUGCAGGUCGCGUCACGCCAUCGCCGCUGCAUACAUUGCAUCAUCGAUACAUAUAUCUUAUCUACCGUGCUUCGCGAUUAUUAACCCAGUUACAAAUAAUUCCUAAGAAUAUUUGUUCAAUGUUGUAACUUUAAGGAUAACAUAACGUUUAUUAUUACGAUAACAGGAAAAUUUACGGAAUACAGAACUCGCAUGCAAAUGUUCCGCAACCCAGGUCUAAUUGUGUGGAUAUGAUGAUGUGGCUUCAAGUUAUUCAUCGACAGUGGUUGUUAACCAAAGGUGAAUAGUUUACCAUCGGGUCGUUUUACGUUAAUUUUUGUAUGCGAAAUUGUGAACUCGCAAGAGGGCAUGAGAACCGGGUUCCUUAUUUUUUGCCGAAAGAAAUUUUAUCAAAUGUGACUGUUAUUAGUCUUAUAAACUGGUAUUAACCAGUCUG